UUUUUUUUUUAUCCCAAAAUAUGUCUAUGAUGGUUUGCUUUGCACGCUUAAACCCCCACCGUCGCCCCCAAAAUUCGAGCACCUUCCCUUCGCCUCUAGUGUGACGUUGGAACUUCUUUCUACAGCCAUCUCCGCACUUCUCCUUCUUCCCUCUCUUCUCGAGCUUGAUAUCCGCUUCUAUUGCCACUUUUUGAUCUCGAGUUUGCUUAAGAUGCAAUACUUGAGGAAUUCGAUAGUGAAGCAUUUGCGUCUGAGCUGGUCAUCACCCGGGCUACCAGAGUUUCUAGCAGCAGGAAGAUUACUCGAGGCACCGGAGAGGCUUUUUUGCUCAUCGUCAACCUCGGAGGAUCUCACAAAUCGCGUGCUUGAGGCGGUCAAGAAGUUUGACAGGAUCGACGCAAACAAGGUGACAGAAAAGGCUGACUUCAGAAAGGACCUUAAUCUAGACAGCUUGGACAGGGUUGAGCUGGUUAUGGCCAUUGAGCAGGAGUUCUCCAUUGAAAUUCCUGAUGAGAAGGCAGAUAAACUUGCUUGCUGUGCCGAUGUGGUCAAAUACAUAUCUGAAACUACGCAAGUGGAGAAAGACAAUUCCUAAGAGGCGACCACUCUUACUCUACAGUGCUGGAAAACAUUUUUGAGCUGACAUGGCUGCAUCUUUGACCAUCACUUCUGUUUUAUUGUUUCUGAAAUAAAAUGUAACUUUGCUUCCUUUGGAACACUGCCCCUGAGGUCUUGUCGCUACUUUAAAAUGCUUUGAAUUUUGCUUUUAGAGCAUUCAUGUUGUUCCAUUUGUCUUUCUUGUAGUACAAAUGUUCUGUUCUUCCUA